GUUUAUGAUAGGGAUAGGAAGGAAGGGAAGAAAAAAGACCAACCCAAAGACCAAGAGUCGGUCGCACCUAGGGUCCUAGGCCCAGAAUGAUUUUCCCUUCAGCGUACUACUGACUGACUGGUCUGAUUAGGCCUAGAUCUACAUCUUUCAUAGAACUUAGUUGAAAGAAGCGAUCCCAACUUUCCAUGGCCCACUAGCUUGGCUAAGAGCUAAGUCCUGGUCGUUAUUUUUUUAAGAAACACAAUUCCCCCACAGCGAAUGGAUGGCAGGUUUGUCUCUCUCACGCCCGUCCCUCUCCAAAGUCUCCGCCUUGAUUUCCUCCCACCCUGCGUGUUCCCUCCGACCUAUAGUGGCUUUAUUCCUCGCUGUUCUCUUCACAGCAAUUUCAGAUGACGCUUCCGCAGAGGAGAUCUGGAACUUGCCGAGACCCGUGCUGGGCUAUGAAAGUUACCUAGACGUCUCCCCGGUGAGGUACAUGGUACCAGACGGCAUAAGUGUCAUGAACUUCACUUUCCAGACGUCCAAAAGUUUCCUACACUGUCCACAAGAGUCUCUGAAAUUUUUACUUCAACGGGGCGGCCUCCCUUUGAUCACGCGGACCAACUCGACUUUCCCCGACAACUUUCUGGUGAACGAUGACCCGUCCUUGCACUUCUCGUUAAGACCAGGCGUUUUGUUCAGUUUUGGAUUGAACCAGCCCCUGCCAGGCUCCUGGUACGUGGUGGCCUAUCACGAAGGUGUCGACACCAAAAUCAGACAGAAGGGCUUCAACGACGGAGACAAAUGUAUAUAUUCUUACAUGUCUCAGCUUCAGUUAGGACCGCCUGUGAAGGCUCAGCGCAUUAACAUCAUGGAGCGUCACAUGGUUACAGUGGGGCCGCAGGAUUCUAUUUUUAGCUUCAAAGUCCCUCGGUCCACGUCCAGCUUCCAGGUGAUCGUUGACUCGUGCGACCCCGAGGACUGUAGCCUGGUGCUCAGUAGCCUCUCUUCCCAGGCCCAGCUGCCGCAGCCCGCAAAGAAAGUGUGCACCAACGGCACCAUGGGCUGCGCGCUCGACGUGCCCUCGCCCUCCUUACAGAGCCUGCAGUUUGUCUACAUCUCCUCGGAGCGAGCCAACCAGAGGAUCUCGUUUACCGUCACCGUUAUGGGAUGUCCCUCGGAGCUGGUGAAGGGCAACUGCGCGUCGAUGGGCGUGCUGGACCGGAUCCAGGCCCUGGAGCCGUUCACGGCCCUGUACGGCUACAUCGAGAGGAAGACCAUCUCGUUCACCGUCGGGGCCGACAUCGCUCCCUACGUCGUGGUACCGUUCGACAUCCUGGAGCCCAACGACGUCGGGGCCACGCUCAAGUGGAGGAUGCAGCCCAUCAAUUUCACCGAUGCCCAGGUUCUAGUGUGCGGAGCCCUGCUCUACGACCGCCUGCCCGAGCUGACGGACCACUUUGACGUGUGUCAGGACCUGGGCUGGAGCGUGCGGGCCAACUACAGCGAGGCGGGGAACCACGAGGUGGUCCAGUACGUGCCUUACCCGAGGGCCGGCCUCUGGCACAUCCUGCUGCAGGCCACUUGCUUUGACGAUAAGGGACAACGUUUGCCCAAGUGCCCGUCCAUCGUGUUUAUGGACGUGUCCCUGGAAGUCCAGCCGUGCAUCGACGGUGGGUGUAGGGACAGAGGAAGCUGUGAGUUUGUGACCCGCGGUUCGGAUCUCAUCGCCUACACCUCGUGUCAGUGUGACGCAGGGGCCACAAAAUGUACAAGCGACGUAAGCUGUACCCGAGCCCGCGACGCUAUCUGCUGUUUCUGAUGCCUGGCGUGGUCCUGGCGGCCGUGGGGGCGGCCGUUUUUUCCUUCGUGGAGACCAAGGACAACUACAAGUACGUGCACAGCUUCUGGCACGUGUCCAUCGCGCUGUGCAUCUGCUUCCUGUUGCCGCCCAAGAGGGUCGGGGAAAAAGGUGAAUUGAAGCUCAACUUUGAUUGAAAGAAACAAAAUUUUGGUUGAAAAAAAAACCCCAACAACAAAACUUUGACUGAAAAAAACGGGAGUUUUUAUUGAAAAAAUGGAGUAUUGAUUGAAAAAACUGAAUGUUGAUUGAAAAAAAACCAGAACUAUGAAUGGAAGAGCAGAGUUUUUAUGGAAAAAAUGGAACAUUGAUUGACAAAACUGAAUGUUGAUUGAAAAAAAAAUUGAACUUUGACUGCAAAAAAUGAGUUUUUAUUGAAAAAAUGGAGUAUUGAUUGACAAAAAUUAAUGUUGAUGGAAGAAGUGACUGUGUUUUAGCGUUUUGUGAUAGGCCUGGCUGUUGAGGGAUGUGCGCACACCUUUGAGGGGAUGUUCGUUGUAGCUUAGUCCAACUUCCUUUCUCCAAGUAAUUGUGGCUGUGUUGUCUACUGUGAUUUUGGUUUAUUUUCUACUCUUUAGAUAAUGUCACUGCUGCCAAAUCCCUUUGAAAAAAAAUAGUUAGAAAUACCAUAUCGGACAGUUAAUGUUAAUGGGUGGUUGGCGGGUGCUCUGGUGUGGUUUGCUUCUUCUUUCCUAUCAAACAUCUAUCGUCCUUAUCUCCCCGUCUUUUUUAUGUUUGUUACUCUCUUGUAACCCCUCUAAUCUUCUGGCACUCAUAUUAUGAUCUUAUGCAGUUGUGAGCGCCGUAAAACCUCUACUACUGAAACUAAAACUAAAGUAAUUGUGGCAGUGUUGUCUAUUAUGAAUUUUUGUUUAUUUCAUCCUGUUUAGAUAAUAUCUCUGCUCAUAAGUUUUUUCUACGAAGAGAGGAAAAGUCUCUUUUUUA